AUGGCAUACAUGCAGUUCGCCGAUCGACCGACUCGGCAGAUCGCACGGCCCUUUCCCAGUCCCAUCAAGCCGAUGCCGAUAUGGCGAUCGGAAUCGGUGCUUCCACUGCAUUGCAAAGCGAAGCCAGCAGUUCCUCCAUCUCCUCCGCGCGGCGGUUGGGCCUCGGUUCCAUCUCGCAAAGUGCCGGAACCGGUGACGCCAACCCGGUCCCGGCCGAAGGCUUCGGCUCCGGCCGUCUUCACACCCCCUCGGACUCGGCCCGCCGCCGCCGAGCGCAAGGCCCAGUACGUGAAAGUCCUGGUGCCGGAGCCACCAGAGCCGGUCAAAGCGGAACCCGCUUUGAAGGUUCCGGAGCCGCCGGAGCCUCCCAUGCCUCCAGCGAAAAUACCCGUGAUCACUCACCCGCAUUAUGCCAUCAGACGACAAGUUUGCCAGCAAGUGUUGCUCACGAAUUUGCCGAUUGCUGUAGAAGAGCAUCACGUUGUGAGACAGCUAGAAGCUGCUCGCCUUGAGCAACCCUUCGUCGUGCAAGUCAACCAAGAAGCCUCGACAUGCAAACUGUUCUACCCCCAAGUGUCCAAGUCUGUGGAUGUGCUCGUGGAAGAGGACCACUUGCUUUUUGAGCAUGCUGGAGGGAGACAUCUAUUGCCAGCCACACUGCUGGGAAAAGUGGAGCUCAUGUGGACGGAUCCGCGAUGUCCAGAAAGAGGAGACCAGAGCUGUGAGAAAGACAAGAGCAAAGGAAGCGAGAAGGAGACACCCCACGAGCCAGGAAAAGAAGCAGCCGAAGCACGCGAUGCGGAGUCCAUGCCAGUGCCGCACGAAAACCAGAGCUGUCCCAGCAUCCAGAGUUUGGCAGAAACCUGGGUGCAGCGACUCGGGAGCGAAGAGCUCCCAAGCGUGGGUUCGACUUGGCAUUACAAGGACAGCUGCCGGCCAUGUCGGUUCUUGCAGACUGGGUGCAAGAGAGGCAAGUCCUGUGACUUCUGCCACCUUUGUGAUGGGACGCAGAAGAAGAGACGUGUUGAGAAAGCGGAGGACGUGCCAGACAUGGAUGGCAGCACGGAAGCUGGCGAGUCGUUGCCACCGAGUGCAGAUGCGAGCAAGUCUGACUCAGUCGAGGGCAAGUCGGACACUGCGGAGACUGAAGAGAACGAUAUGCCCGAGCCCGCCGAGCCCGCCGAGCCUGCCGAGGCCGAGUUUUCGCACGAGGACAUGGCCAGUCUCAUUGGUCGCCUGUGGCCAAAGUCCGAGCCUUUGGAAACCUCGAAGAAGCGGGCCACUGCGCGUUUGAGAGCGCAAAAGAUGAAGCUAUCGAGGUUCCUGAAAUUGCACGGGAAGAAGCUGUGGUCUGGAAGCCGAAAAGCCAAAGGCCGAGCCGACAUGCGCCGGCCGAGCGAACCGGCUGAACCUCCACGAAAAUCGGCAGACGAGACUUCCCUUCGCCUGAGCUUUUCGGGACACCGCUCCUCUGACUUUCACCUUGAGCGUGAAGUUCCGGUCCGGGAGUUGCGAUUUUCCCAGCGAACUUGCGGCUCUUACUUCCGAUGUGGCCGCAAGUGUGAAGACCUCGUCCGAGACCUCCACGAGAAGAAAGUUGACCCCAGGACUGCAAAAUUCCUCGUUCUCGACGUCAUCAGGAAGAAAGAUUCGCGAGGACGCUCUGUCCUCUGGUCGGCAGACAAUCGACGCCUCUGGGUCUUGAAGAAGUUUCAGCAAUACACACAGGGUGAGAUCAAGGUCCGAGUCCGAUUUCAAGGUGACUUCCAUGCCUUCAAGCGCUUCGAGCGUAAUUUUGACACUGACUGCGAUGGACGCUACAUCAAGUUCCGGCAAGACUCGCACAAGUGGCUGAGGGAUCCCUUGCAAGAACCUUCAAAGCGAAGAAGAAGCGGACGUCGCUGA